AAGGGCGAAAAGUCUUGACCCAAGUUGUGGUACCGAGGUGCCUUAUGUCAGAGAUUGCUGAGGCUGCACACCAUCAAGCAGCGCAUGCAGCAUUCUACGAAGUAUCACACAAGAUCGCUGAAGUGACAUGGUGUCCGGGAAUGAAGAAGAUCAUCAAGCAAACCAUUAAUGCUUGCGAACCAUGUCAACGCUCGGUGGUGAGACCAUCGGAUAUUGCAGAAGAAACGGGAGGCAUUGGUGUUCCUUCCGGUCCAUUUCGGACCGUGGGGAUCGAUCUAUAUGGUCCUAU